GUGCGCGUGAUCAAAGGAGCCGUCGCGGUCGCGUGCAUCAGCUGCUCGUCCCAAGUAGUAGUCAUUCGAUAUUCGAAAGCAGGCCACGCAAGCAUCCCGGAGUUGCAUGAUGGAGAACCCCCAAGCCGCGACGGUGGCACCUCCGCCUAUGAACCGCUGUGUCUCCACACAGUCACAGUGCGUCGAAGUCAUCUGCCAGAAGUGCAAAUCUGAGGUGGGACCCUUGGAAGGAGGCCCGCCAGUGCAGCGCAAGAGCCAGGUUCAGGAUGACUCGUCUGACAGCACCAGUGAAACUACAGACUCCUCUGAUGACUCGUCCAAGGCUGCAUCGCUGCUGAAUGCCGGCGACGCGCGUGGCUACGGCGAUUUCGUCAACGAAGACGCCUGGCUCGACCGCAUGCUUGAACAACUUGGUCUUCCACGAGCAGAGUUCCAGGAAGGAGCCCCACAUAUUUCUGCAGGCACUAUGCCGACCCAAGAGGCUUCUAUGGAUCCGGAGAAGGACCUCAAUGACAUGGCAGCCGAAGAGAGCUACCACAAGGAGAUGCGCGACGUGCUCUGGACAAUUGUAUCUCUGAAACUUGACGACAUGCGUCUGGCUACCUCCCAGAUGCGAGCCGCCUGGAAGUCGUACGUGCGCAACACGAAGAUCGUUGAUGAAAUGCUGCAGAACAAGGAACGUACAGUACGAUCGCUUAAGGAGCAACUGACACAACUCAAGGUGGAAAACAAGAGCCUGAAGGAAAGAAUAUGCGACGCCUCCGCUAACCUAUGAAGCGAUGAGAGCAAAGGUCGUAAUCAUUCGCAACUAGCUUUUGGGGUUUGAGAUUGUAUUUGUGCUUUCCUAAUAAAUGUAAUGUGCGGGUUCCCCACUCGUGCGAA